CAGCGUGCAGCGCGGCGGCUUCGACUCCGAUCGGACGGGCAAGCCGGCGCCAUUUUGUCGGUGUCGGCUGCGAAGUGGGACCGAGAUUGUGUUCUUGUGACUUUACAUAGUCGGAAUCAAUUUCUUCACUGUAGAUUGCUACAUUCAAAAAUUUCAGAAGAGUUGCAUUUUCAGUAAUCCAUAACAAUGGGCUACGAUAAAUAUGAUAAACGUGAAACCAGUCGAAGUGAGCGGAGUGGCCGUUAUGGCUCUGAAUGGAACAGAGAUGACCAUAAAGAGUCACGGGGUAGACGUGAUUAUGACUAUAAAGAUGUUGAUUAUCGUGCUCCGCCAAAUCACAGCAGGGACUACGAUCGUGAUAGACGUCGCAGUGACUAUCGGAAUAAUGACCGCUAUCAUGAUUACAGGAACUAUGAGAAUUCUGAGAAUUGUGAAGAUGACAGCAGAUUUGAAAGACCCGAGGGAAGCCAGUACUACGAUGGUGACUACAAGGACCAUGAUUACAGAAAUGAUGGAACUGAAGAGAGGGAGAACAAAACAAUUAUGUUAAGAGGUCUUCUGCCAUCAACAACCAGGGAGGAUAUUCUUGAAAUAUUUCAGGACAGUGAUGAAUUUCACCCCAAGGAUGUGCGAGUGAUGAAGUGUAAAGUAUCAGGUGAGAUCUUGGCUGUUCUUGCAGGUAUUCUGAGGAAGAAAAUGUUACUUCCUCUUUAAUUCAGGAAAGCCAACUGAUUUUUAUCUCUGCAAAGGAAAAUAUAACUGCCUAGACCAGUUAAAAGUCAACUUGCAUUAAUCUGCAAUGGAUGGGUUGCAACGAUUAGAGUGGUAUUGGCAGGUUGCCCAACAGGGGACUGUUGAUCAGUAGUUCAUAACUUCCAUGUUUUGCAAGUAACAUCUUCCAAAAUAAAUCAUACUUAGUUAUAUACUAUCUACCUUUGAAUGUCUCUUUUUUUUUUCCAGAACCUCUUCCUCAAAAGCACAUGUACUAUCUCAAUAUUCGGAUGAGACAAACUGGGAGAAUUAGUUAUUUGUCUACCAUAAAUCAAUCACUCUGAGUAACGUCCCUUACCAAGAGUUUUUUUUCUUGCAAAUAUUUACAUAUUCAGGAGGAUUUCAUUUUUGUCAUUUGCAGUAUGAUUUUAAUUCUUUUCAACUGUUAAAGAUUGAUCUUUGAAUUUGGGUGUUGCUAGUUUGAACCUAUUGACCUGAGAAUUUUACUUGAAAACACUCUCAUAUUGAAUUUCAAGAGUGAAUGCAAGCAACUGCAAAAUAAACAAAACUUCAUUAUUAAUUAAUCCCUUGAGUCUAGAUAGCUUCUUAGACAGGGAGUUAUUUCCUUAGCAUAAGCGUUGUUUUUAUUCUAGCAAUAACUACUCUUAUUUAUAUAACAUCGUUUAAUAUAACAAACCAUAGCUAGGUCCUUCACAGAAGUGAUUCUAUGUAGAAUCACAAGGCGAUUAUUUAUCUGUGCUCACACAGAAGGCACACUUGUCAACAGCAGCACAAUUAAAAUGCAGGAAUGCUUGAGACUGGAAUUAGAUGAGCACAGAUUUAGAGGUUAUAUGGCUAGAGGUUAAUGGUAAUACCAUUACAUCCAAGUUUGCCUUCUCUCUUUCAAACUGCAGACUGAACUCUACGGUGGCUGCCUCCUAAGUAUUCCCUUACUUUAAGGUCUUUUAUAAAGUCUGGCUCAUUACGUAGCACCAAGUCCUGUAGAGCCUGCUCCCUUGUGGGCUCCAUCACAAGCUGUUCCAAAAAGCCAUCCUGCAAGCAUUCCAUGAAUUCCCUUUUUUUGAAUCCACCAGCAACGUUAUUCA